UACUUGCUAUGUGCCUUUUGUGCCACUAUCUUGUGAUAUUUCACCAUUCUAAGAUUUAGUUUCUUAUAAUAAGUGACUGUACUUGAUUAUGUUUUCUGGAAUUUAAUACAAUAAAUAUACGUGUAGAGGAAUGGUAGUAUAUUCUUUGCUCUGAUAAGUGAUAACUAUGUAGGAGGGGAAAGAGGGAGAGAGGUUGAAAGUCAGAAAGUAAAUGAAUAAGUUAUGGAGGCACUAGCUAAUGGGCAAUAAUAUGUCUUUUCUUUGGUGCUCUAAUGAUGGUUAUUGGAGUUCUAUGGAUGAUAUGAAAUAAAUCGAACAGCUUUACUGUGUUUCAGACCAACUUUAGGUUUCUUUUUGUCUUCAGAUGUAUUUUUUCUCCCUCUUACCAAGUCUUCUACACAUAAACACAUGCUUGUCAUAAGUUGCAUUAAAAUUAUAUUCAAUUAUGAAGGACAAGGGUGGCUAUCCUGACCCUAGGACAUAACCGCUUUGAUACUAUGUCAUGCACUAAAAAUUCCUCAAAGUUUAAGCCGUUAUAUUUAUAUCUAAAAUGACCCCUUAUGUGAAAGACCUUUCGAGUUUGGACAAGAAGCAUGGACAAAGCACAGCCUAUCACACCUUGUGUUGAAAUUCACAUUAAUUAUGAAGAGCAAGGGUUACAAGGAAUGAAUUCCUAAUUCCUGAUCACUUGAUCAAAAAGGUUUUGAUACCACGAAGACCAAAUAAUCUAAAAGUGCAAGUUGUUAGGCACAUGCCCAAGAUUGAUUUUAUAUUCCUUAAAAUCCUGCUUAGUGGUUAUUGGCAUUAAUGUGGAACUAAAUAUCCUUUGAUUGUUUGGAACUCAACUUCUUCCAUUCUGUGUGGAACAAGUUUUGUAAAUUUUUUUUCUAAACUCUGAAAAUAAAAAAUCACCGACAUAAAACCAUAUAGCAUAGCCAGUUGCAAUAUAUGUAAUGCAAAGAUUGUUCAUUGUAGGCUAAGCUUGGUUGUUUUAUUUGGUUGUAUAUUUUGUUUUGGCUCUAAAUUUUAUGGUUUUACUGUUAGAUUUACAUUAGUAAUGGAAGACAGUUGAAUGGUAUUCCUCAUAUACGAACUCUUAGAGAAUUUCCUAGGGAAGAGCUUUUUGGAAAAGUUGUCAUGGUCAGAUUUGAUUCUAACAUAUUGCUCAAGAAAGAGUGUGAUGAGAAGAAUCAAUCAGUUUCUAAUGCAGUGUAUACGAUUAAAUAUUUACAUGAAGCUGGAGCAAAGGUCAUAUUGGUCAGUGAUUGGAUUAAGAAUACUCCAGAAUUGCACAUAAAGCCAGUCACAGAUUUUUUAUCAGAAGUUCUUCAAACACAAGUUGUUCCGGUGCAUGGCAUUUCUUUCAACAAGCUACCAAAGAUGAAUGGCAUUGAUAAAGAGAAUAUCCAUCUUCUUGAGAAUCUUUCUAAUAUCAAAGAGGAAGUUUCUAAUUGUUUGGAGUUUGCCAGAGUAUUAUCGUCAGGAGUUGAUAUCUUUGUCAAUGACUCCUUCUCUAAUGCUCAUAAAGUUCUAGCAUCAACUGUUGGUGUUACCCGUUUCUGCUAUGCCAGUUUAGCUGGUUUUCACUUUGAGGAGAGGCUUUGUCUACUGAAGAAUCUUGCAGAAGCCAGCAGGAAGCCAUAUGUAGCAAUUAUUGGAGGGGGUAAUCUCUAUGAUAAAGCAACUUCCUUUCAGUUUUUAGCUUCCAGAUGUCAAGGGUUUGUCUUUGUGGGAAUGAUGUCAUUUCAAGUAAUGCAUGCAUUAGGAGUAUCUGUUCCUUGUAAUUUAGUGGACCAUAAUGCAUUUAAUGAUGCUCUAGAUAUAGUGAGACUUGCUCGAGAUAGAAAUGUGCAGAUUCUGUAUCCAAAAGAUUUUUGGUGCAGGAAAAAAUGUGAUCCAAAGCAAUUGCAAGUAUUCCCUUCUCAUGGAAUUUUGGAUGGUUGGGUGCCUGUUGACCUCGGACCUCUAUCAUUGGAUGAAAUUGGUUCCAUGCUUACAAAUUGUAAGAAACUAAUUUGGAUUGGUCCAGUGAAAUUUGUUGAUUCAAGUAAAUACACCAAUGGGGCAUCUAAAAUAGCAAGAAUUCUUGAUCAACUAAGCCAAAACAACUGUGAAAUAAUAGUUGUUGGGACUAUGGCAAGUAAACUGGUGAGACAGGAAAAAAGUUCAUUGUCCUUUAUAAAUAUAAUUGAGAAUGCUUCAGUUGUAUGGGAAUUUCUCAAAGGAAGAAAACUCCCUGGUGUUAUGGCUGUCGACAGGGGAUACCCUUUUGAAAUCAACUGGAACAGCAUUUAUUCUGACCCAGCUCAAUCUCUGGUUGUUGAUAUAGGAAGUGGCAAUGGACUUUUUCUUCUUGAAAUGGCUAGAAGGAGGCAAGAUUUAAACUUUCUUGGUUUGGAGAUCAAUGAAAAGCUUGUUUUGCGCUGUCUGGAUUCUAUUCAUCAAUUUGGCAUAGAGAACGGAUACUUUGUUGCUACUAAUGCAACAUCAACAUUCCAUUCUAUUGUGUCUACUUACCCAGGAGAGUUAGUUCUCGUCUCAAUACAGUGUCCAAACCCUGAUUUCAAUAAACCUGAGCAUAGAUGGAGGAUGCUGCAGAGAUCUUUAAUUGAAGCAGUGGUGAAUCUCCUAGCACCUAAUGGGAAGAUCUUUCUGCAAUCCGACGUAGAAGCCGUGGCAAUAAGAAUGAAAGAACAGUUUUUGAGAUAUGGCAAGGGUAAGCUUGAUUUGGAGCAUGGCCAAAGUAAGUGGCUUGAAGAAAACCCAUUUGGAGUUAGGUCAGAUUGGGAAAAACAUGUUGUAGAGCGUGGUGCCCCUAUGUACCGGAUGAUGUUUUCUAAAACAUCUGAUGUUAGGGAAGUUUGAGUUGCUAAUGAUGUAAUCCAGAAAUCUGGCUAAUGCAUCAACCCUCUUAAGGGUUACUAUUUUUGCAGAAUGCAUCACACAACUAUUGGUUUUUCCAUGCUGGGGCUGUGCUGUACUUGUAGGGAAGAAGUUCCUUAUAGUUUGGGGAAUGCGAUGGAGAACUGUUGAUGAGCAGAGUCAAAUAUUCCAAUUGGGAUUUCAAUGUCAUUGUGUAAUGUGCAUGUGAUAUGAUUCCCUAACUCCCAAGGUGUCUCCAAGGAUGCAUUUAAAAGCUUCACAUGAAAUGUAGGCUGUGGAGCACUGAUGUCUAUAGUCGGCAUUGUAUAUAUUUUUGUAACGAAGUUAUAUGAAGCCUAGAAAAUCAUAAUUUCUAUACAUGGUAUUAUGAUAUGAUAUUUUUCAUACACAAUUUUUGGUUAACAAGAUACACAUUGGUGAAGGGAAUACUAAAACAAACCUUUUCAGAUAAUGGUUAUAUAAAAUAUAAUGCAAAUUUGAAUGGA